UGGCCACAGUGCAGAAGAGAGGCGGGGGUGACCCAGGAGCUAGAGCGACACCUGGGAGCAGAGAGAGACCUACCGGCUCAGCUCAGAGGGACAGAGGGAAAGAUGCUGCUCUGGGUCUUCUUUCUGGUCAUCUUCACCCUUGGCACUGGCUCCUACUGCUCCCCACCCUCCCUGCCCCUCAGGGUGCCACGGUAUGCAGAUGCCAUCUUCACCAACAGCUACAGGAAGGUGCUGGGCCAGCUGUCUGCCCGCAAGCUUCUCCAUGACAUCAUGAACAGGCAGCAGGGGGAGCCCAACCAGGAGCAAGGAACCAGGGUUCGACUCGCACGUGCAGUAGACCGUGUGUGGGCAGCCCAGGAGCAGGUGGCGUCGGGCGGCAUCUUGGUGGCCCUGAUGCAGAAGCGCAGCAGCGACCAUUCUCUGCAGCUGAAUCUAAACAUGUUUCCUACUUAA